CAGGCUAUAUGAAUAACUUGCCAUUGGUUCACAUGGCUGCAGCGCUGAGAUCAUUGGGAUUGGAACGUUGCGUUAAGGGUCCAAGCUGAUGAGCCCUUCGUGCGAUGCAUAUAAGAGGUCCAACUAAAGACCACUGAUCCAAUUGAUAUCGCUACAUCUUCACAUAUACCUCAAGCAUUUGUGCCUGGUAUUCGGUGGUCGCCAAUUCAUUUGCAUGAUGUACGGAUACUACUCCCCAUUGUCGAGGAUGGUUUGGGACUGACACACAUGGACUUGUGUAGGAUACGCCUCAUCAACGUAAAUGGCUUUCUUGAAAGGGAGAGAUUGAUUAGAGAGGGGGAGCCAAUGGACAGUCAAACCAAGGUCUUCGAGCCUGGUGAUGAAGCCACAAAGUAUGCGAUCGUAUCCCAUCGGUGGAUAGAGGGUGCCGAAGUCGACUAUCAGGAGAUGACCAAACUCGCAGAGAUGAAAGAGGCCAAGCAGAACGAAAUUCGUGAGCGCCUUGGCUACAAGAAAAUCAUCAGAAGCUGUGAGCAAGCUCUGAGGGACGGGUACAAAUACUUGUGGAUCGACACUUGCUGCAUCAACAAACCAGACAUCUCCGAGCUCUCCAGGUCGAUCAAAUCCAUGUACCGGUGGUAUAAAAACUCAAGCGUAUGCUAUGCGUACCUCCAUGACAUUACCGACUUGUCCUUUCCCACUGCAAGUAGUGAGAAGAGGUACCCCGAUUCCAAGGGCUGGCCAGUGUGGUUCUCCCGUGGCUGGACCCUACAGGAGAUGAUAGCCCCGGUGGAUGUCUGGUUCUUUAACAAGGACUGGAAGGCCUUAGGUGACAAGAGGACGCUUGCACCUACCUUGUCUCGCAUCACUCGAGUCCCACAACAUAUAUUGACUGAUAGAUUCUCCCCCAAUAAUCGUCCCUGCGCUGCUCAGAUCAUGUCAUGGGCCGCCGAUCGGACGACGGGUGAAGUCGAAGACAAAGCAUAUUCCCUGUUCGGUCUGCUGGGUGUUAAUAUCCCAGUAAUGUAUGGAGAGGGGAAAGAAGCGUUCCGACGUCUUCAGCUGGAGUUCGUCAGGGAGGCGAACGAUGGGAGCAUUUUUGCAUGGGGUUUCCACAGAGACAGCCAGCGGAGUGGCAGCAUCCUCGCUGAUGACCCAAGCUUCUUCCGUGGUUGUGAAAAUAUGGAGCUGAUAACUCCUGACGAAUACCUUCGACACCACAGAUUUCAGAUGCCCCAGCUCUGGUUGAUGCCCUACAUACGAAGGGACCGAUAUGAUCCAUGGGUCAUGACCAAUCGUGGCAUUCAAUGUCGCACAUUCCUCCGACCCUGUGUUCACUCCCGCUUACACUUCGAAACCCCGCUCCCGUGCCGUUUCGGCCCAUCGGGCCCACCCGUCUCCAUCAAACUGGCUUUGUGGCAAGAUGAUUUCUACAGAUAUUUUACAUCGCCAGAGGAGAAAUUCCCUACGAAGUUUACUGCUCGGUAAUGUGUGUUUCGCAUAUGAAGACUCGCUAUUUCGCGAUGCCAUCCAGAAUCCCCACAGAGAAUUUGGCACCGUGCACGAUAUCACAGCAACUCGUAUCCUGCGGGGUUGAUUCGAUCCGCUGGGUGCAGUUUCUGAGCUCGUUUAUGAUUUCGCGACGAGUCCGUUACACACAACGGGUGAACUUGCGCAAGGUUCGGUCUCCAGUGUGAAGACAAUAAACCACA